UCCGUAGCUGCCUACUAACUGUACAAGUUUCGGUAUGCAAAGACGUUUCUUCAAUUGCCACGCUUUCUAAUAUUCUUCCUUCUCCCCGGUCGAUUGCCUCACAUCCCAACUGUCAAUUUUCACCAUCGUCCGAUCAAAUUCACCAAUCCGCUCCGCUCCUUUCCAAACCACCGAUGUCGCGACGCUACCACACGACGGAGCUGGGCAGCAUAGCCUGCGAAGACUUAUCGGAGGUUGGGGCAGGUAAAGAAGGCUGGCUGGUGAGCGAUCCCGAUCUUUUAACUGCUCUUGACACCCAUUCUUUAGCCCUUGCCAACCGCUCAAUUGUCCUUGUUCUCCACUGGUCCGACGACGCCGAUCCCUCUUCUUACCGCCUCAAAAUUGUCCCUGAACUCUCCCCGAUCGCGGCCGAGUACAUCUCCGCUAUUGAGUGGCUGGUGUUUGAUGACGUUAGGGUGCUUGCUAUUGGAACUUCUUCAGGUUUUCUUUUAAUCUAUUCUCUCCAAGGCGAUCUCAUUCACAAACAGCUUGUGAACAAUGCCAAGAUUAUCAAGUUAAGAGUUCGUGGAACUAACAAGGACCUGUCGGAAGAUACAUCUUCCGAGGAGGUUUGUGUUGUUAUGCGAGCAACAGUUGCUCGAUUUGAUGGAUCUGACAUUCAGAGUAUGCUGCAUCGGUGGUUUCGAGAAAGACAGUUGAAUUUCUGGGAUCAGAGUUACAUGAGGAGAGAUCAAGAAUAUUCUGGAGCUUCAUUUGGAAGGCUUCCUUAUCAGCUAUGGAAUGUUAGCAAGUAUGGAUUGUGUGCUGAUGCUGCUAUCACUGGCAUCAUGCCUCCUCCUCUAAUGGAACCUCAGUCAAGUCAACGUUAUUAUUGUGCAGUCACAGUUGGAGAUGAUGCGGUGAUUUCAGCAUACAGACUUUCGGAGGACAGAAGCAGAUCAAUAGUUGGAGCUAUUCUGUCAAAAGUUGUGCCUGCAACAUUUUCAACUAUAUCUUCUAUCUCAAAAAUGAUUUGGCGAAGUGAUACAACAACAAAGAAACAAGAGGAAAAACCCCAACCGCUUGCUCGAGCUUCUCCUCUUACUUGUUUGAAGGAUUACCCAAGGAAGGGAGAAAAACUCACAUUAUCACCUAGUGGUACUCUGGCUGCAAUAACUGAUUCCCUUGGUCGUAUAUUGCUUUUGGACACGCAGGCACUUGUUGUUGUGCGACUAUGGAAGGGAUAUCGAGAUGCAAGCUGCUUGUUUGUUGAGAUGCUUGCCAAGAAGAAUUCCGCAACCGUAGGAUCUGCUGGGUAUCAAUAUGAGAAGAGUGAUUAUUGCCUUUGUUUAGCCAUCCAUGCACCACGUAAAGGGAUAGUCGAGGUUUGGCAGAUGAGAACUGGACCUCGUCUUUUAACCAUUCCAUGCGCCAAAGGGUGAAUUGCUAGAUGAUUUGGACUUCUAAGCCGCCAACAAAGCAAGAACAGAAAUGCAGGAAGGAAAAAAAGAUAAUAAUAAGACGAAAGGCAGUUGAACAUAAUGGUCCAACCCGAUAGAUCAGUAUUCUUCACCCUACAGAAAAGAAAACAUACAGUACUGGAUCUGAUUAGGGGCCUAAAGAAAAUGAAAAAAAAAAAAAUGCCUCGUCUUAUUCAUUGAAUAGGUGAAGUCUGAGAUGUCAAACUGCUUUAUAUGUACAUGUACUUUUCCUGCUUUUAUUCAGGGCUUUCAAUCCUUCAACGAAACAAUGCCUUGACAAAGUGGCUGUCGUCCAUACAUACAAGGCGACAUGAACAAUAAAGUUGAACUUUAUUCAUUCAA